AUGACUUCCCUUUUCCGUCAGUCUGUAACCUGUAUUGACAGAGCAAUUUAUGUUGACACAUUUAUUUCCCAAACGCUAAAAGGAGAAAAUCUAUCCAAGAAAGCAAAGGAAAAAAGGGAAGUUCUUCUUAAGAAGAUAAAAGAUGUUAAAGCAAGUUAUCCUCAAGAAUUCCAGGAUAAAGAACUGGAAGAUGAGGAAGAGUCUGAGGGCUCUUUUCCUUCGCCUCCUGAUAGUGUCUCACUAGCAUCUGACCGAUAUGAUAAAGAGGAUGAAGCACCCUCUGAUGGCAAUCAGUUUCCUCCUAUUGCAGCUCAAGAUCUUCAGUUUGUUUUAAAGGCUGGAUACCUGGAAAAACGCAGGAAAGACCACAGUUUUCUCGGCUUUGAAUGGCAAAAGCGUUGGUGUGCUAUCAGUAAGACGGUCUUCUAUUAUUAUGGAAGUGAAAAAGACAAACAACAGAAAGGUGAAUUUGCCUUAGAGGGCUACACCAUCAGAAUGAAUAAUAGCCUUCGGAAGGAUGCAAAGAAAGAUUGCUGUUUUGAAAUCUCUGCUCCUGAUAAGCGCAUUUAUCAGUUCACAGCUGCCACUCCCAAAGAAGCAGAGGAAUGGGUACAGCAAGUCAAAUUUGUAAUUCAAGAUAUGGAAUCUAAUACUAUUCCUGAGGAGGAGGAGGAGGAAGAGGAAUAUGACGAUGUUGGACAAGUGAGCAGUGAACCAAUAGAUGAUAGCAUUUAUGAAGAAGUUAAAG